UUUUCAAAAUGGCCGACCAAAUCGAACAAGCAGGGCAGGCCGUUGCCCAGCCCGUGUUAGAAAUGGUGGCUGAAUGGGGCAGGGUGUACCUGAGAAUCACUGACGUCUGGUUAGCUCGAGGGGUCGCUAUCGGUGCGUUCUACCUAGCUAACAGGGCUCUGACUAUGCUAGCUGUCCGUCGGGCUGUUGAGAGGAGGGACCCCGACAACCCCGACCAGCCAGCCGACCCACAGGUGGGGUUGGAAGCAGAGGUGGACUCCCUCCUGGUUCCUGUCAUCUUCUACUCCCAGUUGGGCUAUGAAUACUUCGCAUCCAUUUCGAAUGGCCCCUUUCUCAAGUCUUGCCUCCAGCGAGAGAUGGAAAAGAUUGGCUAUGAGAGGAAGAUUAAGCUGAGUCUGACCAGGUGGAACCUACCAAACCUGCCCGAGGAUAGAGCUGUGCAAGAAGAGAAGGCGAGAGAAGAGGGUAGUGUGACAGAUACUCCUGAAGAGGAGAAAGAGGAGGCAAUGGAAGUCACGAAGCCAUUAUUGCAUGUGGAACUUCAGGACGGCCCACUGAAGGAGCUCACAGCCAACCUCCAGCCAUACAAGGACCUUCCAACUGCUCAGAGGUUCUUCAAAGCCUACAGCUGUCUGGAAAAGGCUGUGGUCAUCCUGAAUAGUGCCAGCAGUAGUGGAUACAAGGAGGGAGAGGGGGUUGAGCACUUGCUGGAAGGUCUCAUGCUGAUGGAAUGUGUGGGGCCUGACGCAGUCAACCCUGUACUGUACGACCGAUCCUGGCUGCACCUAGACAAAACACACCUGGAUAACCACGUCUUCGCACAGCUCCAGGCUAAUCCUAACAGCACCCCCUGUCUGCUGAUACAGGCACUGCAGCUUCCUCACGGACAUACGAGAAUCGAUGCCAUAAAUCAUGUGAUUGACAUUGUUCUACAGCAUGGAGACACAGACCCCAUCUACAAGCACCUGACGUACAUGUACUGUGCUCUAGGAAUCACGACAUUGGCAGUCACCAAACAGGCAGGCCUAGCUCUAUCGGCUUAUGCGAGCGCCUUGAUGUACAAACCGGACGACAUGCUGACGUUACAACUCACAGCGCUGUGCUCCGUAUCUGUGUCAGUGUCACAGGCCAUCAGGCAGUUUCGUCACUUCCUUGCCAAAGCGCCAUCGUGCCACGAAGCAGUGCCCUGGGCACUGUACCACCUGGCUAGUUUAUACAGCCAGCAGGACACGUAUGUCCACAGGGACACAAUCCUGCACUACUAUAACAUGGCCCAGGAAGCCGAUACAAACAGGCUGCCUGCUUUCAAACAAGUCCAAAGUGAACACACAGAACCUGCUAGUAAGGGGUACAAACAAGUCAUGGUAUAUGUACAGGCUUCGUAAUCAAUUAAAUUGUGAA